AUGGCUUCUAAUCACAACUUUAUUCAAACAGGUGAUCAACUCAAUGACGCUGAUGAUUCCACUACAUGGGAACUUGAAAGUGAAGCCGAUACCGUCAAUACUCAAACAACCCGAGCUCCUUCGACAAUAUAUGAAUCUUCUUUGAUUUCCCAAGACGACCGAUCUAGGGGUUAUGCACCUUCAUCAUGGGGACAAGCGAAUGCUGGUUUUCCACCUUUUCCACCUUCAGCUCCAUCUAUAAUGUCUGACACUACAGGUGGUGAAUCAAUUUUUGAUACACGACCGAUUUAUAGGACUCGUGAACCACCAAAUAUGCCUCUUCAACGUUUCUUGGGUGACACGUCUAGACGUCCGAUCACUUAUGAUACUCAACGGCAAUUUGUUCCAGUCUCAGGUAACUCACUAGGUUAUCAAGAUCUUGAACCACAAAGACGACAUAGAGAUGAUCUCGCAGAUCAAAUACAAUCUCUUGAAUCGAACUUCAUGUCAGCAGGACCAAGUCGUCAGAAUCAAUCGACUUCUCUACAAGACACUAAUCCAAGCUUUAUGCAACUUCCUUUGGAUUUUCUCAAUAAGAAAACAGCUACAGGUUUAUCAGCUGAAGAACAGGAUGAGAUACUUAGGGAACAAGAAAAGAGAAGACAUCUUGCAAGUGAUAAUUGGAGAUCUCAAAAUGAGCCAGGAUGGUAUAGAUAUGGUUGGACUAAUGAUCCGGAGGAGUAUGAACGUCAAACCCUGGCGGAACAGCUUCAACAAGUUCACGAUCAAGAGGAAGAAGAUAGGAAAAAAGCUGAAAUUGAGGCGGGGUAUAUAAGACAACAAUAUGAGAGGGACUUACAACACAGCAAGCAAGGAGGUGAGAACAAGGAGGACGAUUUUUGGGAUGAUGAUGAGGACAAUGAGUUUGAUGAAGAUGAUUUUGAAUGA